CCCUUCCUCCUCCGUCAGUUCGGCGGCCGAUUCUUGCUAAAACCUCCGUCGCGCAAACACAGCUCCAAGUCACCCUCCUCUCAUCCCCAGCCACCCGCCUAUGCUCUCGAAAUUCCGCGCCCUCGAACUCCAAUCACCGAAUCACCGCGAGGUAUCUGAGAAUUUCCACGCCCAAUUUCGCUCCGGGAUUCAAAUACCCCACCUAAUGGUUCAGCGCACCGCCUGAAUCACACAUGGGGAGGAAGAAAACGCGGCCGGUUCGAGCGGGGGGCGCCGCCGCUGCGGCGGCCGAGGCCGACCCCGACGCGCCGGGCCCUAGCGGGGGUGCGAAGCGCGCGGCCAAGGGCGAGGCGAGGAGGGACGUGUGCGUGGAGGUGGAUAUGAGCACGUGGGGGCUCGCUGACGUCGACCACUGCGACGUCGCUGAGGUGGUCCUCCGAGACGUGACUGUCUCCGGCGAGGGGGAGGAGGGGUUGGAGGAGGCAUUCGGGGCGUCGAGGUUCUCCUUGCGCUUGCGGGUGCGCGCCGCGCCGGAGGAGGGGUUCAGGUUGGGCCAUUGGCCCGUUGUGCCGGCGGAUUGCGUGCUCCUGGAGUAUGUCGUCCAUGGGGAUCGAGAAGAGAAGCACGGAGAAUUCGUGGUGUCAGGGUGUUUUGAUGGUCCCGAUGAAGGUGUAUCCGGCCUCGCCCAUUUGGUCAGUUUGAGAUUCGUCACGCUGCGGGUUCAAUCUCUUGGAGCAUUUCGGGAUGUUGGCGAGGCACGGGUUGAAUCAUUCAGGGUUAGAGUGGAGGUGAUGCAGCGGGCUUUCAGUGCGUGUGAAUCGCUGCUGGAAGUGGCUAGGCAUCCAUGGAGGAAGAGCUUGAUGAAUAUGAUGGCUUGGCUGCGUCCUGAGGUCACGACAACGGCUGCGAUUUAUGGGAUGGAUGGCCUUGGCGUGCCGAUUGAUGAUGAUGCUAAUGCUGAUUUCACACCAAAAAGUGAUUCACAGUUUGAUCUUGCUGCUUUUUAUGAGGCCGUUAAGCCUUCGAUUAAUGCGGAACAGUUGGAAGGUGGUCUCCCUGAUUUGAUUCCUCAGCUCAGGCCAUAUCAACUCCGUGCAGCACAUUGGAUGGUUCAACGCGAAAAGGGAAACACACUCCAUCAAGAAUAUGUUAAUUCUGCACCAUAUUGUGUUCCAAUCGAUUUUAUUCACAAGAACUCCAGGAUGUUCUACAAUCCUUUCAAUGGAAAUAUUUCAUUGCAACCAGAGCCUUGUCCACCUUAUGUUUCUGGGGGCAUUUUAGCUGAUGAAAUGGGAUUGGGGAAAACUGUCGAGCUUUUAGCUUGCAUUUUUGCCCAUCGUAGACCAUUUUCAAUGGACUUUUCUAUCUCCCAGAACAAAACAGAAAUGAGUCAAAUAAAGAGGCAGAAAGUAGAGAGGGUUGAGUGCAUUUGUGGGGCUGCAAGUGAAAGUUUUGCAUACAAGGGUCUCUGGGUCCAAUGUGACAUUUGUGAUGCUUGGCAACAUGCUGAUUGUGUUGGGUACACACCCAAAGAAGACAUACCUUUUGACACCGCUGAAGGUGUAGCAUCAAAAAUUAAAAAAAAGAACAUGAAGCCUAGGAUUGGAAGGAAAAAGAAACCCCAGUGUUCUAUUGUUGAUACAGAAGACAAAUACAUUUGUGCACUGUGCUUGGAGCUUACUGAAGCAGCACAAACUAAUAUAUUCAGCCAUGCUACAUUGAUAGUAUGUCCUGCACCAAUAUUGGCACAGUGGCACUCUGAAAUUACCCGACACACAAGGCCAGGAUCUCUGAAAGUUUGCAUUUAUGAAGGUGCUAGGAACUUGGAUCUGGCUACCAUCCAAAAAAUUGAUACGACUGAGAUAAGUACUGCUGAUGUUGUCUUGACAACCUAUGAUGUCUUGAAAGAAGAUCUAUCACAUGAUUUUGAUCGGCAUGAUGGUGAUCGCCGUUUCUUGAGAUUUCAAAAGAGAUAUCCCGUCAUUCCAACUGUCCUGACAAGGAUCCACUGGUGGCGGCUUUGUUUGGAUGAAGCUCAGAUGGUAGAGUCAAGCAGGAAUUCUGUGACUGAGAUGGCAAUGAGGCUACAUGCUCAACACCGUUGGUGUAUCACAGGAACACCGAUACAACGCAGGCUUGAUGAUCUCUUUGGGCUUCUACGUUUUCUUAGGACAAGCCCAUUUGACACAUAUAGAUGGUGGGUGGACAUUAUUAGAGAUCCAUAUGAGAGGGGAGACAGAAUAGCUAUGAAUUAUGCACACAAUUUCUUUAGGGAAAUCAUGUGGCGCUCCUCCAAAAUUCAUGUCUCAGGUGAAUUACAGCUGCCUCCUCAAGAAGAGUGUUUUUCAUGGCUCGCCUUUUCGCCCAUUGAAGAAUAUUUCUAUAAGAAGCAGCAUGCGACCUGCAUGGACCGUGCACAUCAGAUUAUUAGAAGUUUGAGAAGUGAUGUCAACAUAAGAGAAUCAACUUCAGAUUCAAAUGCUUCACUAAAUGUUUACCUCUCCAAUGAUGACAUUGCCAAGCUCCUAGUCCCACUGCUGAAACUUCGGCAGGCAUGUUGCCACCCACAAGUGGGGAGUUCUGGUCUCUGCUCCCUGCAGCACAACCCUUUGUCAAUGGAUGAAAUUUUACAGGUUCUUAUUGGUAAGGCAAAAAUCGAAGGAGAGGAAGAGCUUAGGAAAAUUGUAGUCGCCCUGAAUGGUCUUGCUGGGCUAGCUGCUAUUGAACAAAGGAACCAAGAAGCUAUUUCAUUCUACAAAGAAGCACUAGCUUUAGCUCAUGAAAAUAUCGAUGAUUUCCGUAUUGACCCUCUAUUGAAUCUUCAUAUCAACUACAAUCUUGCGGAACUGCUUAGAACUAGUUCUGAAUAUUUACAAGAAUGCCCAUUAAAAAAGCAGGCUUCUGAAGUUGACAACAGCCGGAAAAGAAAGAAAAAUAACACUGUUGAGACAGAUCUACAUAGCACAAAGCGAAGUAAAAUAUGUGAGAACAGUGUUUCAAGUUUGACAGCUAAUGGUUUAGAAACGUCUGAGGAAGAUGAGAAUUUUAUUGGACAAGCAUGCACAACUGGUGAGAUGGACACAGAAAACUUUGCUGGAGGCCAUUCAUCAUUGAAAUGUUUUGCUGAUGAGUGCUUGAGGAAGACUUGCAAUGCAAUCACAGAAAAGUACUUGUCAGUUUUUACUUCAAGGCUGAUAGUAGUACAGAAGGAUUUUAACGCAUCAUUCACCGAGGUCGUGAAUAUCACUAAGGAGCUACAGAGUGAGCAUAUGAAUUGGUGGCUACAUGCUUUGGACUGCAUUGAACAGAACAAAGUUUCUGCUGAUGAACUCCUUAAGAAGAUUGAAAAUUCUUCUACUAAGAGCACCACUGGUUUGGGUUCAAGGGGAAUAUCUUCCAGGGUUAAAAGUAUUGCUGGAUUAAAAUAUGCAAUUCAAUCUGAUAUUGAUUCUCUACAAAAUGCAAGGCAACAGCUGAUGGAUAGACUUUUGGAAGUUGACAACACAAUGGAUAACCCAAGGGAUGAGGACAUUGAGGGUCAGCGAUAUUGUCCAAAGUGUUACGAUGGUUCUGGUUCUUUAUGUAUCCAGUGUGAGCUAGAUGAACUUUUUCAGAGGUAUGAAGCACGGCUGUUUCUUGUUAAGAAAUCGAACAAUGAUUCUGUCAUUGACUCAGUAGAAGAAGCCCAGGAUCUACAGAGGCGAAAAUAUGAGCUCAAUCACUUCUUCCGUAAUAAAAACUCCAAUGAGGGAUCUGAACCUGGUUAUGACAAUAAUAAUCCUAGGUCAGCCCGAGAAAACGUACAGGUCUACAGGCAUCCUUCUCAAACUGAGACCACAUUGAGGGUUAUCCGAAAUCAUUCAAAGACAGUAUUGGGAAGGCAAUAUUCUACAAUUGCUAAAAAGCAUUUACUUCUUUUUGAGGAUAUGCGCAAGGAGUUUUCUCAAGCAAGGUUUUUGUCAAUUGCUCAAAAUCAAUUAUUGCGUGCUCAUGACGAGAUCAAGAUGUCUAUCUCAAGAAUGCAGCUCAAAGAGAAAGAUGGUGAACCUAGCGCUGUCAAUAUUGUAACUAGAGAGGAACUCAUACCAUAUAGUGUCCAGUUCACAAGUGAAAAAUUCAUGUCGCUCUCAUCUUUAGCCCGUGUAAGGGGUCAACUCCGGUAUUUAAAGGGAUUGGCGCUGUGCAACAAGAAAACACUUAACAAGCAUGGCGAAUCAUUGCCUACAAGUGGUGCUGUUGAUACAGCUACUCCAUGUUCUGUCACAGGGCAAACCAUUUCUGAUAUUAAUAAUGAACCAUGCCCAAUAUGCCAGGAGAAGGUUUUUGACCAGAAAAUGGUAUUCCAGUGUGGUCAUUUUGUAUGCUGCAAGUGCUGUCUUUACAUGACAGAACAAGCUGCAACACAAUUUGGGAAGGCUAAAAAAUGGAUCAUGUGCCCUACAUGCCGUCAACGUACAGAUCUUGAGAAUGUUGCUUUUGUAGUUGAGAAACACAGUGACAAAGCUGAAAAAAGCACAGAAGAUCAAGAAAGCACUAUUUCUGUCCAAGGUUCAUAUGGAACAAAGAUUGAAGCUGUCACAAGAAGAAUAUUGAGGAUCACUUCAACUGAUGGAGUAGCUAAAGUUCUUGUUUUCUCAAGUUGGAAUGAUGUACUCGAUGUUUUAGAGCACUCCCUUGCUGCUAACAAAAUUUCAUAUGUUCGCAUGAAAGGUGGAAGAAAAUCACAGGCAGCUCUCUCCCAAUUCAAAGGUCAGUUGAGCAAUAUAAGUGUAGAUAAAGCGAAAAGGACAGUCUCCAAAAUGCAGCCUGUUCAAGUACUGCUGAUGCUUAUACAACAUGGAGCAAAUGGUCUUAAUCUACUGGAAGCACAGCAUGUUAUUCUAGUGGAACCAUUACUAAACCCUGCGGCUGAGGCACAGGCUAUCAGCAGGAUCCAUAGAGUUGGGCAAGACAAGAGCACAUUUGUUCACCGUUUUAUAGUGAAGAAAACAAUAGAAGAGAGCAUCUACAAAUUGAACAGGAGCAGAGCUGUCUGCUCUACUAUAAACCGGAAAUCCAAAAAUUUCAAAGAUGAGCCUGUUUUGACCCUGAAGGAUGUUGAAUCGCUAUUCCCGAUGACAGCACAUGAUGAUCCCCUAGAAGUGUCAAAUCAAGAUCAUGACGAUAGCUUGAGGAGUUUGCCUCCAUCUGUUGCAGCUGGUUUAGCUGCUGAAAGAAGGCGAGUAAUGGAACAUGGCAACCAACAAUAAGCUUAGUAGCUAACAGAUGGCUUCUCGUGUCGAGGUUCAGAAGUAGAAGCAUGCACAGUUUUGAUAUAGCAGUUCGACUAGUGCCAUGUCAACUUAUGCCAGGUGCAUCGUGUUCAUGAACGCAGCGUCAUUUAGGCUACUAAUUGAAAGGUCAAUUUUAGAUCAUUGGUAUUCGAGCCAGUAUUUCUUUUUAUGGAAUACGACUGUCAUCUGCAGAUGUGCCGUUUCUUCGCUUUAUUUGUUGGAAAUUUCCUGCUGCA